UAACUUAUUUCUUGUCUCUGAUGUGUAGUGUUUAUCUGGUAGUGACUGUUUACACGUCAAAAUCAGCUGUGCGUCAAAUGAUUCCAGAUACCAAACCACAAACGUCACUCAAACUAGACAAUACCCAAUUUUAAAGAACUUAUAUUUAAAAAAAAACACUAAAUAUCUGGAUGUACUAACACUAAGUAUUCAGUGCAAUACUCAAAACUUGAAGUUAUGACCAGUUAGUUCGAAGUGGAGAACAAAAUCAAGGAUGAAUUUGGAACAGAAUCGCUUGGAAACGUUCAACGACUGGCCUGCAGAUGCCCCAGUGAGCUCCGAACGCAUAGCCAGAGCAGGCUUUUUCUACACAAAACGCGAUUACCAAGUCGAGUGCUUCGCAUGCGGAAUGAAUCUAUCUGAAUGGAAUUAUGGGGACCAAGUGAUGGCUCGACACAGAGCCCUCAAUCCGCAGUGUCCAUUUGUGUUAAGCUCUACCUCAUCAGGAAAUGUUCCAGCAGUGGACCAACUGCGAACCGUACCAUCGACCUCCUCUCUAGACUAUAGAAAUGAAGAAGUUCGACUGUCUUCCUUUGUCAACUGGCCGAAGCCCGAUAUUGUCACCCCAGAGGAUCUGGCAAGGGCCGGAUUCUAUUCUCUAAGAACUAGUGAUAACACGAAAUGUGCAUUUUGUCACGGAGUGGUUCGAGCCUGGGAACCAAACGAUAUUCCUGAUGUUGAACACAAACGCCACUUUCCAAUGUGCCCCUUUGUUACAUCGAUAAUCAAUCCAAGGCUGGAAAGUAGCCGGACUCCAGGACACAGGCCUGAACAGGAGGCGACCUUUAAAAACGUGAAUCUGAUAGGGGACACAGUCACAGGAAGUUUAAAUGAAUUGGGAGUGCAAAAGCAUAAUGGGCCCAAACGGGCCGACUUUGGCACGAUAGAGUCCAGACUCCGGUCGUUUGCGUCUUGGUCGCCCCACUUGAUACAAACUCCGGAUGUGCUAGCACAGGCUGGAUUUUAUUAUGAAGGUUUGGGCGAUCAAGUACGCUGUUUCCAUUGUGACGGUGGGCUCAGAAAUUGGGAUCCAGAUGACGAUCCUUGGACGGAACACGCCCGAUGGUUCCCCAGGUGUUCGUUUGUGAAUUUGGUCAAAGGACAGGAAUUUGUAACGGCCUGCCAAAUCGACACUGGCUUAUCACCCAGCACGACGCAAUGCGACAAAGUCAGACCAGUGCCAAAAAAACGGCAGGUAACGGAAGAGGAACUUCAAAUGCAUUUGGGUGGAGCAGUAGCUUCCGCUGCUCUUGGAAUAGGCAUGGAUAUGCAAAGGGUGAAACUAGCCCUAAAGCAACGAUUAGAAUUAACUGGGCGAGGCUAUUCGCAACCAGACGCUUUGGUCGAAGCCGCUUUAAAUCUGCAACUGGACGAAGAUGACGGAUUCGAUUCGAAUUCGUCUGGCAAUAAUCAAUUGGGUACGAUCAUUGGCGCUGCGCUGAAUGAUAUUAACAAGGCGUCCGAAUCGAAUGGUCAGAAUCAGCUAACCGCGCAAGACACGGCACCGUGCCAACCUCAUCACUCAGAUACCAAUGGCGAGCGAACCGCUAGGCAAUCUGACCUGCCCUGCGAUUUCAAGCUGAAAAAAUCCAUCUCUUUGGAGGAGGAAAAUCGCAUUUUGAAAGAGGCGAGACAAUGCAAGAUUUGCAUGGACGCCGAAGUCGGCAUUGUCUUCUUGCCCUGUGGACAUUUGACUACUUGUGUGAAUUGUGCCCCCAACUUGGAGGAUUGUCCCAUGUGCCGGUCAGCGAUCAAAGCGACCGUGCGCACAUUUCUAUCGUAAUCAUCGUUUGACGAAAUAUAGUUUAUUUAUUGUUUACGAUUGACGUCGUCAUUUUCUCCUGUUCAGUCAAUACAAAUCGACUUUAGUUUACGCCUCCUACUUGGUUUAUUGAAUAUUCAUUAUUGAAUUAACCUUUGCUAGUUCUAAAUAUAUUUCUGGAAUAAAAGCUGUGAUUUAAAACUA